ACCACACGAGUUUUGCAGUUGCCGCGGAACUAGAAUAUUUCGGUACAAGUUUGUACAAAUAUAUGUAGCUAAGGGACCCAGUGCUUGUCCUCGCCAUGUCGUGUGCUGCAGGUGGACUGCCCUUCUCGCUCAACUCUCGAUGGCGACCAACAACCAACAGGAGCUGGGGCUGAAGGCCCAUCGAAAGGGGUUAUUCGCGAUGAGCUUGGCAUCGCUAGCCUCGUUCCAGUAUGGCGUCGAUUUUGGCAUCAUCGGUGGCUUGCAAGCCAUGAUUCCUUUCUUACAGGUGUUUGGAGUCAAGGACCCCUCGACGGCCAUCGGGUACAACAUUCCCCAUGACCGACAACAACUCAUUGCCUCGCUCAUGAUCCUGGGAGCCUUCGUUGCUUCCAUGGCGGCUGGGUUCACCUCUCGAUAUGUUGGACGAAAGAUGUCACUGUGGAUUGCGUGUUUUGGAGUGUUUGUUUCGACGGUGAUCAUGCAAGCAACUACGAGCAUCGGCGCGCUCUACGCGGGGAGACUGAUCAUCGGACUGGCGAAUGGAAUGUUGAUGACGCAUGCGCAAUUGUACAUUCAGGAGAUUCUUCCUGGGAAGUACAGAGGUCUAGGGAUUUCGGCCUUCUCUUGGUGGGUCACGGUCGGAUCAUUUGUUGGCACCAUCGUCGACAAUUACACGGCCUCUAUUCCCAGCCGUAAUGCUUACAUCGUCCCGCUCGGAAUUGUGCAUGUAGUCCCUGGCAUCCUCUUCAUCGGCUUGUUCUUCAUUCCCGAGUCACCCCGCUGGCUUGCCAGUCUGGGCAAGAUGGAUGAGGCAGAGAAGUCCCUACUCUGGCUGCGUCCCAAGACGUGGUCCGUUUCCGAGGAACUGGCUGAGAUGGAGACAGCUCUGGCGGCUGAAGCACUCAUUCAAUCGAGCGUCGGGUUUCUCGACUUGUUCAAGAACCCCAUUGAUCGUCGGAGGACAGUCGUUUCUGUUCUCGUAUUGACCACGCAGGCCGCUUCUGGUGCCAUGUUUAUCAUCUCAUACGGAACGUACUUCUUCCAAAUGGCCAAUGUCGGCGACGCGUUCCAGAACUCGGUCAUCCUCAACGCCGUCGGUGUCUUCGCCUUGCUUCUCAACAGUUUUCUCGUAACGCGGAUUGGUUACCGCCGCGUCAUGAUGAUGAAUGGCCUAGGGCUUUGCGGUUUGUCACAGCUUAUUAUCGCAAUUGUGUACACGGUGCAACCAGGGACAGCGACUACUGGUAAAGUGGUCGUUGGGAUCUCGGUCAUAUACAUCGUCGCCUACAAUGGCAUGAUUUCAUCUUACGCCUGGGUAUCAGGAGGAGAGCUGUCUUCGCAGAGGCUCAGAUCGUACACGUUUGGGAUGGCUACUGCUAUUGGCUUCUUUGGAGCGUGGCUCACCACUUUCACUGCGCCGUACUUCAUCAAUCCAGACUCGCUCAAUUGGGGACCGAGAUACGGGUACAUCUGGGCACCGUCUUGUUGGAUUGCUAUGACCUGGGUUUACUUCUACCUUCCGGAGGUCAAGGACCGGUCAUUGGAAGAAAUUGACGAGAUGUUCGAGGCCCGACUUCCGGCAAGGAAGUUCCGCGGGUAUCGCUGCACGGGAACGCACACAGUCCUAGAGAAGUCGCAUGAGAAACCCGAAGCCUCCCACGAUGAGGGCAAGGCGACUGUUCCUGCGAUCACCGAGAAGGUGGACCAAGACCACGCUGUAGAAUAACUCGCUAUGCGGAAGAGGUUGGC